CAGCAGCCGGAGCACCGGCACCCUCCAAAUUGGGACUCUAGCCCUUUAAAUCUGCUCAGUUACCAAAAAAGAAGAGGCAUCAGACCCUGUUAAUUAAAGCUCGCCCUGGUCCAUCAUUCUGAGGAGCUGCAGUGCUCUGCUCCUUCCUGAUGGCUUAGAGAUUCUCCUAACUCCCAAGCCAUGGAUCUUGGAGAAUUCCCCCCGAGCUCAGCAGGAGGGUCGCUGUCUCGGCGGAUGCUCCCUUGAUGCGCACACACGUCUCUCUGACCGCGUCGCCCUGGACCCCCGAUGCGGCUGCCAGAGCAACCUGGAGAGGGGAAGCCUGAGAAUGAGGAAAAGGGGGACGGAGGAGCUCCCCGAGGGGGAGAGGAGCCGCCGAGGAGCCGGGCCCCCGACUUCCCCACUUGGGAGAAGAUGCCCUUCCACCACGUGACCGCAGGCCUGCUCUACAAGGGCAAUUACCUCAACCGGUCGCUCUCCGCCGGCAGCGACAGCGAGCAGCUCGCCAACAUCUCUGUGGAGGAGCUGGACGAAAUCCGAGAGGCCUUUCGGGUACUGGACCGAGAUGGGAACGGCUUCAUCUCUAAGCAGGAGCUGGGAAUGGCCAUGCGCUCCCUGGGGUACAUGCCGAGUGAGGUGGAGCUGGCCAUCAUCAUGCAGCGUCUGGACAUGGACGGGGAUGGCCAGGUGGAUUUCGAUGAAUUCAUGACAAUUCUUGGCCCUAAACUGGUGUCUUCCGAAGGUCGUGAUGGUUUUCUUGGAAACACAAUAGAUAGCAUAUUCUGGCAGUUUGACAUGCAAAGGAUAACUCUGGAAGAGCUGAAGCACAUCCUCUACCACGCCUUCCGAGACCACUUAACAAUGAAGGACAUCGAGAACAUCAUCAUCAAUGAGGAGGAGAGCCUGAACGAGACGUCAGGGAACUGCCAGACAGAGUUUGAGGGAGUGCAUUCCCAGAAGCAGAACAGGCAGACGUGCGUGCGGAAGAGCCUCAUCUGCGCCUUCGCCAUGGCCUUCAUCAUUAGCGUCAUGCUGAUCGCGGCCAACCAGAUCCUGCGGAGCGGCAUGGAGUAGCGCGGCUCCCGCCCCCCGGCUCCCGCAUGUGCAUGCCCGCGGGCAGACUCUUCCUCCACGACACCGAGAGAAGGACCCUGCGCACCUGGCAGCGCUCAGCCCAGACCCCGACGUUGCAGGGCCCCACCCCCCCCGGUGUUGCGAAUCCACUUCAUUUCCUUGGCAGGGACUCCAAAGGGCUGUCUUCGAUGCUUUACUGGUCUCGUUUCCUAAUGCAAUAAUAGCCAGGAGGCGGCGGGCGGUCCACCCUCCCGGAGAGAAAACUGCAUCUUAUCUCGGAGCUCCGGCGGCGGCCACCCGGGUCAGUGGGGGAGAGCAAGAGCGGCUGGCCACGCGGCCACCCCCAGACCCCAUCAGCUGGAAAUACCCCUCAGCCUCCCCCUCCCCCCACCCCUCCCCAGGGCAUCCUCAGUCCCCAAGGCUAACUUUGGGGUUGCUACAGAAGAGGGGGCUUGCCCUUGCUCCCCCGCUUUCUUCUCCCACCCCCUGGAGCCCCCCCGGCCCCACCCCCGAAGGCGUGAGGGGAGAGUCCUCGGACGGCUGCGGCACUGCGUGGUCCAAGGCACAGCCGCUUCACUUCCGUUCUUACUGCCUUUUCCUCGGCCUCGAUGGCCAGGGUGGGGGAGCUCUCGGUUUCCAUCGGCACUUGGCUUUCUGCUCCCAGAACCCACCGCGCACCAGCAUUUUGGAAGCUGCAGAGAGCCUCCCUCCCCCCACCCCCCUCAGCUUUGCCGCCCCGGGCUGCCCCGGGAGACAGGGCACCUCUGGGCACUGUCCAGCCCGGACACCAGAGCCCCAGCUUCUGUAUGCCCACACGGUCUUCCCUCUGCUUGCUCCCGCCUCAGCUGCGCCUCCAGUGCAUCCUCUGCCUCUUUGGGGGAAGGGGAUGAGGUCAUCUGGGGGCUGAGAGGGGAUGACACUGGGGGAGCUCAGUGUCACCUCAUUCCCGGUGGCCCAAGUACUGGAGCCCCAUCUCAGGGCCAGAGACCUCUUGAAGUUAAGGUCCUCCAGCUUCUUCCCUUCUUCUCAUCUCAAAGUUUGCUCUGUUCGUUAGUCUUCCCCAGACCUGAAGAGAAACAUCAUCCAAAGUGGAAACUAUGAAAAGUCUCUAACUGUGUUUUAUGUACCAGCUUCUGGGUUCAAGACCUGCAACGGCUUCCUUCUCCCAAGAGAAACCCCUGAAAGUGCAUACGCUGAGGCCACAGGGCCGGGCAGUGCCUCCUGCCUGCACAACACUUCUGACCGGGAAGGGAACAGAAUCCAAUGAUCCAUUUUCAACACCACGGCAAGCCUGUCACUCCCCGACUGUCUCCAGAUCCUGUAUCACACGCAACUAUGAAUUCAAGCUUGCAUAAUCUGAUUUGCCUAUAAUCUCUAGCUGGAAUAUUUCCCUUUGUAAUUUUCCAAGCUCAGGUCUUUAUUUCUGGAACGGAAUGGUCUUGCUCCUGUCUUCGGCCUGCAUUCUCAAGCUCCAUGCUCCUGCCUCCCCCCUUCCUUCCAGGAUUGAGGCACCCGAACCUUGCCCUUUAGAUGCAACCAGCCGGGUACGUGUCCCGUUCUCCUCCCCCCCUCCCCUCAGCCUCCUCCUUACUGCCUUCUUAGACACAGCAGCUGAGGCUUCCGUUGCGGGUCUUCUUCCAACCCACCUCUCCAAGCACUUAGCUACAGCCUGGGAGGAGCUGUAGGAAGGUCCCCACGGUGGGACAAUGCGAAUAGCCCCGUAUAUGAGAAUAGCCCCGUAUUCCCGAUGAGCACAAGUCAAACUAGGGUUAGAGCCAUAGUCCAGGGAACGAGCCCAGGGGUCCUGAAGGUCCCCCCAGUGAAAAUCCCUGGUGUCCUCCCAGGCACAUCCAGGGCAAGGAAGACAGCACCUGCCUGUCCCUCCCCCCUGCCUUGCCCCUCCCCCAGCCUGACUCACUGUCCCUCAGGAUCAGGAGCCGAGAACAGGCCGAGAGGCAUAAGGCAAACCCACCUUAAGACCCCCAGGCCUUUCUGCCCUCCCUCUCUCCACAGGAGCCAGGGAGGGCUUCCCGGGGAAGAGGGCGCGAGGCUCUUACGGGCCUAGAUAGACACCCUCAGGGACCCAGUUCCAGGCACAGGUGAGGAGCCCUUUUGUGCAAGCUGCCUUCCUCGAAGCUGGAGCUCGGACUAGACAUGAGGCUUUGUUGUUGAGAGAUAGUACAGCAGGAAGGGCGUUUGCCUUGCACAUGACCAACCCGGGUUCUAUUUUGGCACCCCUGGUCCCUGUCAGGUGUGAUCCCUGAGCCAGGGGUAAACCUUGGGCACUUCCAGCUGUGGCCCAAGAUAAACAAUAGGAAGAAAGGAAGGAAAGAUGGAAGGAAGGAAGGAAGGAAGGAAGGAAGGAAGGAAGGAAGGAAGGAAGGAAGGAAGGAAGGAAGGAAGGAAGGAAGGAAGAAGGGGAGGGAGAGGGAAAGAAGGAGAGAAAGAAGGAGAGGAAAAAAGAAAGAGAGAAAGAGAAAGAAAGGAAGGAAGGAAGGAAAAAAGAAAGAAAGAAAGAAAGAAAGAAAGAAAGAAAGAAAGAAAGAAAGAAAGAAAGAAAGAAAGAAAGAAAGAAAGAAAGAAAGAAAGAAAGAAAGAAAGAAAGAAAAUAGCAAGAGGGGCUGGAGCAAUAGCACAGCUGGUAGGGCAUUUGCCUUGCACGCGGCCGAUCGGGUUUGAUUCCCAGCAUCCCAUAUGAUCCCCUGAGGACCACCAGGAGUAAUUCCUGAGUGCACAGCCAGGAGUAACCCCUGUGCAUCACUGGGUGUGAUCCAAAAAGAAAAAAAAAAGGAAGGAAGGAAGGAAGGAAGGAAGGAAGGAAGGAAGGAAGGAAGGAAGGAAGGAAGGAAGGAAGGAAGAAGGAAAGAGAGAAGGGAGGAAGGAAGGGAAGGGAAGGAAGAGAGAAAUGAGCAAUGCACAGGGCUGGGAUGAAGCAGAAUUGUGGAGAGGCACCUCCAGUCAGACACCCCCCCACCCAAAGAAAAAGAACCCUCUCUUCUUGCACCAUGACUGGAAAGCAAACCCUUAAUUCUGAGGAGAUUGUAGCCUGUGUCAUGCCUCUAAGAGGCAGGAGCUCCCCAACAGGCUGGCAAUUCACCUUCUGUCUCACCCAUAGCAUCCCAGAGCUGAGAGGUGAGAGAGCCCAGAACUGGUGGUGUUUGACCUGAGGGGCUAAAAGCUUGCCCCGCUACCCCAGCCAUUAUCCGGGCUGGCUGCUAUACCUGGACAGCGUGUCACACUGUUGGGGCCCUGGUCAGGUGGCUUCAGACGGUGACUUCCCUGACCCUCCCCAGCCCUGUCCUCUCCAGGGCUCUCCCCCCAUCACCACAUUACCGUCCACAUAACAGGACUGAUGCACUGAUUAAACUCAUGCCAGAUGACAGCCAGCAGUUUGCUCCUCCAUGGCCACGGGUGCCACAUGUCCCUGCUGCUGGGGCCUCUGCAAGAGCAGAGAAAGGAGCCGGUUCUGGCUCUGUCCUCUGGCUGGUAGGUUCAGGGGACUGCAGUGGUGAUGGCUGAGUGACAGCCCAGUCACUCUGACUCGCUCUGCUGAAACAUAAGGCCCAUACAAGAUCAGGAAGGCCUUUUGCCUGGGACUCAGCGGCGGGGAUGGGGGGAGGCUGAUUUAUUCCUGUGGCCCCCAAGAAGCCAGUACCCAUUAGCCCAGAAGCAGACAGAGACCCCCAGUGGGACCCAGCAUGGGAAGUGUUAGCAGUAGCUUCCAGAAUGUGCGUGGGUCCCAUGUGACCAAUCUGUUAAAAAAGGGAAAAAAAAAGAUUGCCAUGGCAACCCUCACAUUCCACCCUGAGUUUGCCAAGGCACACAGAAAAUAGGGAACAUUUUCUUAAAGGAUACUUGUGCUCAGCUGAAUUGCAUGCUGAUGCCAACUCCAUAUCCCUUGGAAGUCCUCUGCCUUUUCUCCUGUGUUUGAAUGUGUCCUUGAAGUUUGCAUAGGAAGCAGAGGCUACUGUUAGCUGGGUGGGGUCCUCCCCACUUGCUGGGUCAAGAGCAAGAACCCCACGCCGCCAAUAAGGUCAAAGAGGUCUAAAUGUCAACUGGAAGAUAAACUAAAAGGAGUCUAGGUAUCAAUAUGUAGAAGCAUCUUCUUGCCUGUUGGGUAGUUCCCAAGGGCUUCAGUUGACAGGCAACCUCAGGUGAGCCCAGCGGCUUCUAGACAUUUUUUGUUUGUGAAGGAAAAAAAUAUGAAUCCCAAAGUCUUUCCUCUUGAUACCUGUGCCUGUCUCAGGUUUUACAGGACAGAUGGUCUACUAUCUUGUAGACUUAAAAAAAUAAAUAAAAUAAAACCUGAUAGGAAAGAUGAGCAGCUUUGACAGUUACAGCCUUCCCAGCAUCCCCGUCCACAGAAUCAGAGUGUGAGGUGGCUGAAGAAGUGGGAAAGAGAAACGCUUGUUUUAUUCCAAAUGCUUUUCUAGGCUUCCGCUCCCACUUGGGUCAUAAAUCAAGCACCACUUUGCUUUUAGCCGGCUGCCUCCCGGGACCACAGGUGAGCAAGAGCAGAGAUAACGGGUGGGAAGCACAGCUCCGUGUUGGCAGCCCUGGCCAUGUGGCACAUGCCAAGAGGAGGUUUCCCUCUGCUCUUGCUCCUUGUCCUGCCCAGGACCCCCGUGCUCUGCACCGCACCUCUAACCUGAGUGCUCAUUCAGAGCCCUUUUCUCUGCAGACCCCUGGCCAUCUUGUUGUCCCCCCCCCCCAACUCCACAGAGAUGGCGAGGGAAUCUGUCUUAGCGGGAAGGAUGGCAGUUCCACAUGGCAGUGGAUGACAGGGCGCUGUAGAGUUUCCUUUCCUGAAAAAUCUGGGUCUGCAAUGACGAUGUCCCACAGGAACUUUCUUCUUGGCCUCUUCAGCUUUCCUCUGGGGGCUGGGAGCCAGUGCCCGGAAGGCCUCACCCACUCUCCCAGAAGGGAAAAACCCAUCAGGAAAAGAAAAGGAACAUGAUUCAGCAGCUAGGGGUUUCGAUUUGAAUGAUGAAAAGUGAUGGAAAAAUAGUGGCAGCUCUGGACUCUCUCUCUCCCAGGCCCUGUCUCCGUGACAAUUGAAAUGUCAGAGCUGUUUGGCUUCACUUCAUACUUGCUUUGACUUAGUCACUCAGGGGACUGUCCCCAGCCUUGGGGCCUUGCAGAAACUCUUGGUUUGAAGGAAUAAGGUCAGGUCUGCACACACCUCUGUCCAGUGUGCGCUGCUUGUGCAGACGAGCAUCUUCGCAGCUCUGGUCUCUACCCUGCAUCUGUGUGAGGCCCUCUUUAUCCGUUCUCCAGGGAUCAUUUAGUAUGGCACCAGUGCUCACAGUGUCUUCAGAGAAAAAUGUGUUUGGUUCAUUUGUCUUGACUUGUUGCCACAAAGAAUCAGGUUUUGAUGGUCCCACAAAGACAUCCAUCCCCUGAAACCAGAAAAGCCUUGCCCUGCCUCCUGUCCCCAUCUCGAGAGGCUCAUCAACUGAACACCUCAACCCGGGUGGUGGGGAGCCCUUAUUCACCUUUUUUUCUCUUGAGCAUGAUGGGGCAGCUUUCCAACCAGCACUUCUCACAGUGUUAAAAGUUCUCCUCUGGGUGAAACGCAUACUGAAGGCUGGAAUUUUCCAGUGGAGUAGAGGAGGAGACUAAUUAGGAAGGAAUAUUCCAAAGAACACCGAAUCCAAGUGUGACCCUGGAGAGAGAGAGAAAGAGAGAGACACAGAGACAGAGAGAUAGAGCUUACAAAGGGCUGCACAGGCUGUCCUCUGGGUGUCUUCCCUGUGCGUGUGGCCUACUUUGGGAACAGAGGGUAACUUGCAUGCCCAAAGGCUACCGCCCAUCCUACUUGACCCCAUAGACGUGUUGCCAACCUUAAGAGGAGAACCAGAGCUCAUCUUUCCUUGGGGAUGCUAAUCUCUGCCCCAGUCAGAAUGCCUCUCCCAGGCCUCUGUCCUCAGACUUGCUGGACCAGAGAGCAGAGAAACAGACAUGUGGGCAGUUCUGUCAGCUGGGAAGGGCCCAGAGGCAGGACUCCAGGAGCCCCUGUCACCCACCUGCCAGAAAAUGAAGUGACUUCCCUUCCCGGCCUAUAUUUUCUCAUCCCUAAAGUAAAAGAAAGGGUAGACCAGUUGACCCAGAAAAUCCCUUUCCCACUUUGAGAUUCUGAAAUCUGAAAGAAUGCCCACAAGUGAGAGCCUUCCUUGUGUCCCUGAAUUGCUCUUAGGAUCUUCAGUUUUGGUUUGUCACUUUUUAAAAAAAAAAAAAAUACAAGAUCCAGGAAGCUGUUGUGAUAAAGUGUCCCUUUUGUUGUCUGCUGUUUGUAAAUGAGACAAUGAAAACUGGCAUAUGUGUCAAGUCCUGCAGGUCAGAGGUUGUGUACUAUUCCCUGACAUCUUGCUGAUGAAAAGGAGCAUGAGAAAUGUGUUCUGAGUCCUGUCCUGACUCAGAUGGAAAUUAAGGGGACCCAAUCCUCUGACCAAAGGCCAUGUGGAUCAGAAUCCAUGCCUGGGUAGGGUGUAACAAAGCCAGAUGCUGGGAAAAUGAAGACUUGUUUCUCCAUCCGAGAAAGCCUAACUGGAACAACACCGAAAUGAGCACAAUUUCCAGUCAUUUAUUUCCUUUUUUUUUUUUGCUGGCCCCUGGAUCCAUGCCAAUAGAUUAGAGCAGUUUGAAUCAUUUGUCCCACUGCAGGAGGAAGAGUCACAUUCACUGGUAAUUGUCAGACAUUAGAUGAACAGUCUGGGGACACCAGCUACUUUUGCUGACCUCCAGCAGACACAGCACAGGUGCUUGCUUUUAGACUCCCCUGUGCCUGUGCAGAGAGAGGGAGACUGGACAUGGAUGAAUGCAUGGAUGGCAGAAGUCUCCAGCUCUCCUGCCUCUUCUCUGUCCUUUCCCCUUUUUCUGGCAGAGACUGGCUCCUAACCAUGGUGGUAGAGGCCUGCCACCGUGAAAGAAAGACCUCAAGUGGUCAGGAAAGAGCCCUCUCGGUUCCUGGUAGAAAAUUCAGUCUCUUGGGGCUGGAGAGAUAACACAGUGGGUAGGGCAUUUGCCUUGCAUGCAGUCAACCCAGGUUUAAUUCCCAGGACCCCCACAGGGUCCCCUGAGCUCAGCCAAUAAUGAUGCCUGAGCUCAGAGCCAGGAGUAAUCCUUGGCUGGAGCACUGCCUGGUGUGGCCCCCAAAUGAAAAUGAACAAUUUACAGUCUCUCUCCAGGAAAAGCAAAUGUUAUCUGGUCUUGCUGGAUGGUAGCUAUGUCAUGGGUCUUGGAAAGCUCCUUGGUGUGUUCUGGUGUUUUUUGUUUGGUGUUUUUUUUUUUCCAAUUCCAAAUACAACAAGAAGCUCUAUCUCCAAGGAUUACCCCCAAGAGAUCGUCGUUAGUGAGAUAUUGGACCCAGAGUCUGGCUAAGCAGAGGGUCUGCAAACUUCGUCUAUUUAGCAUGGGGGUCUUUAUGAUCCUCUGAGGAUAGGGGUGAGUGGACUUGAGAUGCAUUAUUGAUUCUCAAAGCCCAGGAGCCAAUGGUUGGACAGCAAUAGGAGUGCAGCUGGGAGCACUCUGGCUCAUUUCUCCAAGGGACCUCAAAGACUGGCAUCCUGGGUCACGACUUCCCAUUUACCUCAUCACAUUCCAUGUUUCACCCAGCAUUAGCUGAUCAUUUCUGCGACUAAGUGAUGAGAGAGUCAGCAGACUAGUCAAAGAAAAUCUUUAUAUAAAAUGUACAUAUUACUAUACAUUAUCUUGGCAUGCAACGUACUGAUCCAAUGAAGUCUAUAUUAUUAAUAUGCUAUCUUAUUAUAAGAUAAAGGAAAACUGACUGCCAUAUUUACCAGAUGUUUUCUCUAACCAAACUUGUCUGUAAAUAUAUAAUCUGUAUAAAAAGAGUCUAAUUUACCAUUAUUUAUGCAAUAGAAAAAAAUAAAAGUUUUUUUUUUCUUU